AUGUUUCGUUUGGCUAUUGUGUGCUUGGCACUUUUCUUGGCCUCGGUUUCUGCCACGAAUGUGAGACAAUGCAAAAAUGGUAGACCUUUUCCUUUAAGUGUUGAAAUUGAGGGAUGUGAUAGCAUGCCUUGCAGCGUGGUCAAAGGCAGUACAGCGGUCAUGAAAGUCAACUUCGUGGGCACUCACGAUAAUACCAAAUCAAUCAGAGGAGUGGUGCAUGCCACCGCUUUGGGGCUGACAGUGCCCUACCCAUUGCCCGAUGAUGUUGCUGAUGUCUGUCGCAAUUUGUUGUAUGGUGCCUCAUGCCCCAUCGAUGAAUCCGAGGAUGUCGUCUACAACUUCAACUUCUACGUUGAUUCGUCCUACCCAGAGGUCAGUGUAAAAGUAGAAUUGGAUUUAAUUGAUGAAAACCAGGAAUCCGUGGCUUGCUUCGUCACCGAUAUUAAGGUGCAGAGAUCUUAA